AUGGCGACCAAUGACGAUAUAAGCACCCGUUGCUUAUACGAGCCUCUUGAGGGAGUCGAGACACUCGAGAACUAUCGACCCGGCGGCUAUCAUCCCGUACAAAUUGGAGAUCAUUUUCAUGGUCGAUAUCGUGUUGUUCAUAAGCUGGGUCAUGGCACCUACUCAACGACAUGGCUAGGCCGUGAUGAACGGGCCAACAAAUAUGUUGCACUGAAAGUCUGUACAGCAAACACAAACCCAACGGAGGCGGAUAUUAUAUCCUCUCUCACCCGUUCACAUUGCCCUCCUGGCAGCAGUCUAGGCGAGGCAAUGCUCCCCUUCAUCCUUGAUAGAUUCACCUUUCAUGGCCCAAAUGGUGAGCAUACUUGCUACGUCACAGCACCGGCGAGGUCUAGCCUCUCCACGCUAAAGGAUGGAUCAUGGAUCCGAUUAUUUCAACUUGAUGUAGCCCGGUCAUUGGCGGCGCAGCUCGUUCUCGCUGUGGAUUACGUACAUGCCCAAGGGUUCGUCCAUGGAGAUCUUCACCUAGGCAACAUUCUUCUGAAGGUCCCGUCUAGCUUUGACGAGCUCUCACCCGAACAAUUAUAUGAAAGAUACGGACCACCGGAAUUAGACCCGGUUAUUCAUCUCGACGAUAACCCGCUGCCUCCUGGUGUCCCAUCGUACGGCGUUGCACCCAUAUGGAUGGGGAAAGCAAGCGAGAAUGUCACACUUGCAGAGGCCAAGAUCCUGCUUUCUGACUUCGGUGAAGCUUUUUCCGUCUCAAAAGAACUCAAAUACGCGUCCCGCACUCCCAUGCCGUAUAGAAGGAGGCUUCUUGAACGGCUCAUACAAUUUAUGUCAGAGAUUUAUAUUCGAUGA